CCAGUCCCCGCGCCGAGCGCCCGCGGGGUCCCCGGAGGCAUGGAGCCCUGGCCGCGGCGGCGGCGCACUUGCCGCCCGCCGGUCUCCGCCUUCCUGCGCGACCCGAGCUCGGGGCGCGUCUACAGGCGCGGGAAGCUGAUCGGCGAGGGUGCCUUCAGCCGCUGCUACAAGCUGGUGGACAUGUCCACCAGUGCCGUGUUUGCCCUCAAGGUGGUGCCUCGUGCCGGGGGCGCGGCUGGGCGACUGCGCCCCAACGGCAAGGUGGAACGGGAGAUCGCCCUGCACAGCCGCCUGAAACACCGUAACAUCGUAGCCCUCCACGGACACUUCGCUGACCGAGAGCACGUGUACCUCGUGUUGGAGUACUGUGGCCGCCAGUCGCUGGCGCACGUCCUGGAGGCGCGGCGGACUCUGACGGAGCCGGAGGUGCGCUACUACCUGCGGGGCCUGGUCAGCGGCCUGCGCUACCUGCACCAGCGGCGGAUCGUGCACCGCGACCUGAAGCCCAGUAACUUCUUCCUGAACAAGAACAUGGUGGUAAAGAUUGGAGACCUGGGGCUGGCUGCCAGGGUGGGGCCAGGGGGCCACUGCCACCGAGUGCUCUGCGGGACCCCAAACUUUCUGGCUCCAGAGGUCAUCGCCAGGAAUGGGCACUCCUGCCAGUCAGACAUCUGGGCUCUUGGCUGCGUCAUGUACACAGUGCUGACCGGUACCCCUCCCUUCACGGGAGCUCCCCUGUCGGAGAUGUACCAGAACAUCCGGGACGGCCACUACCCGGAGCCGGCCCACCUGUCACCCAGUGCCCGCCGCCUCAUCGCCCGCCUGCUGGCGCCCAACCCGGCAGAGCGGCCCAGUCUGGACCACCUGCUCCAGGACGACUUCUUCACACAAGGCUUCACUCCAGACCGGCUGCCCGCCCACUCCUGCCACAGCGCACCCAUCUUCCCCGCACCCCAGCCUCUGGGCCGGCUCUUCCGGAAGGUGGGCCGGCUGCUGCUGACCCAGUGCCGCCCCCGUGAGUAGCGCCCCCGCCCACCCCUCCCCUGCCCCUUCACCCCCAGCGAGGCGUCGGGUCCGGUAGGACGUGCUUCAGAUCCGGACUCCGAGGGGUGCGGCAGCGAGGCCUCCCUGUUGGACAGAGGGGCUCUCCACCCCGAGGUCCCCGUCCACCUACUCACCCAAGGGACCCUCAGGAGUGACCCAGCGGGGCCGAAAGGGAGGCAGAGGCAGGAGGUCGAGGUGGCCGUCAGAAACCUGUCACUCUGCCUGGACCAUGGCCUCCCAGCCAUGCAGGGCCCCCCAGGGGAGCAGCGGCCCAUCCUCUGGGCCCCCAAGUGGAUGGAUUAUUUCAGCAAGUACGGCUUCGGCUAUCACCUGUCGGACGGGGGCAGCGGUGUCCUGCUUCGGGACGGCACACACAUGGCCCUGCGCCCCCCAGGGGACCGAGUGUGCUAUGUGCCUGGCCGGGGGAAGCUGGAAACGUUCGCCCCCAGGGACGUGCCCAGCCCACUGGGCGCCAAGCUGGCCAUCCUCCGGCUGUUUGCCCGCUGUAUGCAGCAGCGGCUGCGAGAGGAGGGGGGCCGGCCCACGCCCACCCCGCCUGCGGCCCCCGGCCUCUGCCUGCUGCACUUCCUGGCCUCGGAGCGGGCUUUGCUGCUGCUGUUCAGUGACGGGACGCUGCAGAUAAGCAGCAGUGGCGACCGGACUCACCUGGUGCUGGGUGACUGGGGCGACGAGCUGCGGCUCACGGUCUGGGAAGGCAGCCGGACUGGCACCCCCGACCCCCCGGGCACCCUGCAGAGUCCCAGCCCCGGCCUGGCUGCCCAACCGCUCCUUGUGCACGCCCUGCACAUGCUGCAGAGCGUCUAG